AUGGCUUACGAUCCCGAGAAGGGUGGGCGCCGCUCGCUACACUCGCGUGCCUCCAGCGCCAGCACCCUUGACGCCAAUGGCGCAUCGCCAGAGUUUGAGAAGAAGACAGAGGCCCCCAGCCCUGCCGCCGGCGGCAAGGCGGAGGCCACCGACCCCAUGAGUCUUCUGCCAGAGCACGAGGCUGAGAUUCUCCGACGACAACUCGAUACCCCCGAUCUCAAGCAUGGCCUGGGUAAGCUGUACAGCUAUGCCACUCGCAACGAUCUCCUGAUCAUGGCCGCUGCGGCCAUCUGCUCUGCAGCGUCCGGUGCCGCGCUGCCCUGUAUGACCAUUAUCUUCGCCGGUCUACAAGGCAUCUUCCAGGACUACCUCUUCCUCAAGGUCCUGACCCAGGACGAAUUCAACCAUGAGAUGGUUACCUACGUCCUCUACUUCGUCUACCUCGCGAUUGGAACCUUUGUCGCGACCUAUAUCUCAACGGUUGGUUUCAUCUACGUUGGAGAGCACAUUAGCUCCAAGAUCCGCCAACGGUACCUUGAAUCCUGCAUGCGCCAGAACAUUGGUUUCUUCGACAAGCUUGGCGCUGGCGAGGUGACGACGCGUAUCACUGCCGACGCCACCACGAUCCAGGAUGGUAUCUCCGAGAAGGUCGGCCUCUUCAUUUCCGCCAUCGCUACCUUCCUGACCGGUUUCCUCAUCGGCUUCAUCAAGUCGUGGAAGCUGACACUGAUCCUCUCGGCUACCGUCGUUGCCCUCACCAUCAACACCAGCAUUGCCACACGAUUCAUGGGCAAGUACGCCACUCCCACCAUGGUUGCUUUCGCGCAGGGCGGUAGCUUGGCUGACGAGGUUCUCUCAUCCAUCCGCAUCGCCAUGGCGUUUGGUACCCAAGAUCGUCUCGCCCAGCAGUAUGACAGCCACCUGGCUACAUCGCAGAAGUGGGGUAUCAAGCUCAAGCUGGCUGUUGCCUUUAUGCUUGCUGGCAUGAUGUCCAUCCUUUACCUGAACUAUGGUCUUGCUUUCUGGCAAGGCUCCACGUUCUUGGCCCGACAGGAGCUUCCCCUUCCCGAUACCAUCAACACCCUGAUGGCGGUCAUGGUCGCUUCCUCUAACAUGGGCACCAUCGGACCUUAUGUGCAGGCCUUCACCACGGCUAUUGCUGCUGCCUCCAAGAUGAUCAACACAAUUGAGCGUGUUUCGCCCUUGGACAGCGCGACCGAGGAGGGCGACAAGAUUCCCAACCUCAAGGGCCACCUCCGUCUCGAGAACAUCAAGCACAUCUACCCCUCACGUCCCGAGGUGACUGUUAUGGACGACGUUACGCUUGACAUUCCUGCUGGUAAGGUCACUGCCUUGGUCGGUGCCUCUGGCUCCGGAAAGAGUACCAUUGUUGGCCUUGUCGAGCGUUUCUAUGACCCAGUUGCUGGACGUGUCCUUCUCGACGGCUAUGAUGUCAACUCCCUCAACCUCCGCUGGCUUCGUCAGCAGGUUGCCCUUGUCGGACAAGAGCCUUCCUUGUUCGCAGUAUCCAUCUACGAGAACAUCCGCUAUGGUCUCAUUGGUACUGAGUAUGAGAAUGCGGUUGAGUCCCGCCAGCGCGAGCUCAUCACAGACGCUGCCAAGCAGGCCAAUGCCCACGAGUUCAUCACCCAGCUUCCCGAGAGCUACGAGACCAACGUUGGAUCGCGCGGGUUCCUCCUCUCCGGCGGUCAAAAGCAGCGUAUUGCCAUUGCCCGUGCUAUCGUGUCCAACCCUAAGAUUCUGCUUCUCGAUGAGGCCACUUCUGCCCUGGAUACCAAGUCAGAGGGCGUGGUACAGGCUGCUCUGGAGAACGCGUCGGAAGGCCGUACAACCAUCACCAUUGCCCACCGCUUGUCGACCAUUCGCGACGCCGCGAACAUUGUCGUCAUGAACCAGGGCAAGAUUGUUGAACAGGGCACCCACAUGGAACUUCUCAAGAAGCAUGGCGCCUACCACAAGCUUGUUACCGCCCAGCAGAUUGAGGACAUUGCGCAGCAGCAGAGUGAAGCUCUCGACGAGCCCCUUGACGAGGAAGAGGAGAUGCUCAUCCGCCGCAUGUCUCGCUUCAAGAACGUCGGUGGUUUCUACACCAACCCCUCUGCUGCCGCCGACAACCUCUCUGCCCGCCUCCGCCGUUCUUCCAUCCGCAAGAGUGUGUUUGGUGAUCGCAAGUCUGUUGCCAGCAUGGCCUUGGCUGAACGUGGCCCCAUCACCGAGGAGGAGCCCAACUACUCACUGUGGACUCUCCUCAAGUUCACCGCUUCGUUCAACAAGACCGAACUGCACUGGAUGCUGAUUGGUAUCUUCUUCUCGAUCAUCGCUGGUGGCGCCAACCCCACGCAGUCCGUCUUCUUCGCUAAGCAGAUCACCGUCCUCUCCCCCAUGCCUGCCGUCACCGAUGAGCAGCGAUGGAUGCUCAAGGAUCGGUCUGACUUCUGGUCGCUCAUGUUCUUGAUGCUUGGUCUCGUCCAGUUCCUUGCCUACGCUGUGCAGGGUUACGCAUUCGCCAUCUGCUCUGAGCUUUUGGUUCGUCGUGUCCGUCACCAGUGCUUCACCUCCAUCAUGCGUCAGGAUGUUGGCUGGUUCGACAAGGACGCCAACAACUCGGGUGCCUUGACAGCUUUCCUGUCGGUUGAGACGACCCAGAUUGCUGGCAUUUCGGGCGUCACUCUCGGUACUCUUCUGAUCUCGGUCACGAACAUUGUCGCUGGUCUGGCUGUCUCCCUGGCGAUUGGUUGGAAGCUUGCCCUCGUUUGCUUGUGCGCGGUUCCUGUUGUGCUGGCUUGCGGUUUCUUCCGCUCUUGGAUGCUGUCCAACUACCAGAAGCGUGCUGAGGGAGCUUACGCCGAGUCGGCCUCGUUCGCCGCCGAGAACAUCUCGUCGAUGAAGACCGUUGCUUCCCUGACUCGCGAGGCCCAGGUCGUGGAGGCGUACACCAAGUCACUCGAAGAGCAGCAACGCAAGUCGCUCCACUCUGUUCUCAAGUCGUCGACAUUGUUCGCUGCCUCCCAAUCGGUCAUUUUCUUGUGUUUCGGCCUCGGCUUCUGGUAUGGUGGUCGUCUCCUCGCCUCAUACGAGUAUGACAUGUUCCAGUUCUUCGUCUGUUUCAUGGGUAUCAUCUUUGGUGCCCAGUCUGCUGGUACCUUCUUCUCGUUCGCCCCCGACAUGACCAAGGCCAAGAGUUCCGCCGCCCAGCUCAAGCGACUUUUUGAGCGCAAGCCCGCCAUUGAUACCUGGGAGCCAACCGGCAAGCCCCUGUCGCGUGUACAGGGACACAUUGAGUUCCGCAACGUCCACUUCCGCUACCCUACCCGUCCUGAGCAGCCUGUGCUCCGUGGUCUCAACCUCAAGGUCGAGCCCGGUCAGUACGUCGCUCUUGUUGGAGCCUCGGGCUGUGGCAAGUCCACGACAAUUGGUCUCCUCGAGCGCUUCUACGACCCCCUGGUUGGCCAGCUCUUGGUCGACGGCCAUGAUGUCAGCCAGGUCAACGUCAAUGACUACCGCUCGCACAUUUCUCUCGUGUCGCAGGAACCUACCUUGUACCAGGGUUCAAUCCGCGACAACAUUGUGAUGGGAAGCCCUCUUGACGAGGUGUCGGACGAGGCCGUCGAGGUUGCGUGCCGCGAGGCCAACAUCUACGACUUCAUCUGCUCCUUGCCCGAUGGCUUCAACACGGUUGUCGGUAACAAGGGUGGUCUCCUGUCUGGUGGUCAGAAGCAGCGCAUCGCCAUUGCGCGUGCCCUCGUCCGCCAGCCCAAGAUCCUCCUGCUCGACGAGGCGACCUCUGCACUCGACUCUGAAUCCGAGCACGUUGUGCAGGCUGCCCUGGACAAGGCUGCCAAGGGUCGCACCACCGUGACAAUUGCGCAUCGUCUGUCGACGAUUCAGAACGCCGAUGCCAUCCAUGUGUUUGACGCUGGCCGCAUCGUCGAGUCGGGGACACACAGCGAGCUCAUGGCCAUGAACGGUCGCUACGCAGAGCUUGUUCGCUUGCAGAGCAUGGACAAGAAAUAA